AUGUCUACCGCGGGGGGUAGCUCAACACUGGCAGGAAGCCCCAGCAUUGAGAUUACAGAAAUCUGCGUUUCAUCCCAGCACAUCCUCAAAUCGGUCCAGCUUUCGAUUGGAUCGUUCGAGCGGGAAUCACCGUGUCUCCUAGGCGCAAAGACCCACAAAUUUGAGUUGCCAUCCCCCUGUCAAAGCAGUCAACUUUCGCCUUCAGAGUCCCUCUAUCUGAAAGUCCGAUUCCGCGGAUUGUUUCGUGCUGCGUCGAAGAACAAGAUACCUCUUGAUGAACUGCUAAACAAGGGGUGUGUGCACUUCUUCCUCAAACGCAAAAGCGCCCGGCUAAUGCUGGUGCGAUCGAUCUUAGAAUUCGACGAGUGGCGACCUGCAACCCACAACGGAUGCGUUAUUCAAGUUGGUCGAACGAGCGGUGUAGGGAAAUCUUCCCUCAUCCAUGAAUGCUUCGGCGUCAAGGCUACUACCGUGUCUGAUCUUAAAGCUGGCGUGUCAAAUAUCAAUAAGGAGCUCAUAGCAAAUGAAAACGUAAGGUUUAUUCUGCACGACAGUGAAGGCUUCGAGCCUGGGGAGGGUGAAAACUUUGGGAAAGUCGUCGAUUUUUUGCAAGCUCGGAAGGACAUGCCCAAUGUGAGGGAUCAGGUACAUGUUGUCUGGGUUUGUUUCCAAGUGUCCCUGUCUGAACGUGAUCGUUUGUUUGAGGCUAAGGUGGAGGAGCUAUUCCGCAUGAAGUCCAAAGGAGAACUUGGCCCUGUUCCUGUGAUCGCCGUUUUUACCAAAUAUGAUAAGUUGGUAGAGCAGGUUCAAUUUGGUAACAAUCUAGAGUUCUACAAACGCAACAAUCAUUUGGAUCGGGAAACCCGAAAUGCACGUCUUGCUGAGGAGACAACAGCAAAGUUCCAAGAAUUGUGUGUUAGUCCCUUCGAAAAGGCCGUUGGUAAAGACAUUCCGCAUAUCGCCGUCUCAAUCAAUAAAGAAUACAAGGAUACCAUGUUGGGCGGGCUUGUCCGUCUCACUGCUGACUGUGUUAAAAACUCCCUGGAGGUCGAUGUUGCUGAAGAUGUUGCACUGGUCUCUGCCAUCGCUCUACGCGUGAAUCCAGCUGUGAAGAUUGAUGCAGUGAUUGCCGUGAACUUUUCGGGGAAAACUAUAGAAGCAUGUCUUCGAGUUUUGCACACUGAUAUUGUGCGAGCCUGGAAUAUUCAGGAUCAAUUUGGGCAUCUCGAGAGCAAGGAGUUCAUGGCGUUAAUGACCACACUCGCCGAGGAGCUGUCGGAUACCAACAUGACAACUUUUCGCGCUUCCCCGCUGCUUAGUGCUUUAACUGCACUCGUGGUGGGUCUAUCUGAAACUGCCGAUCCUGUGGCAAUUCCAACUGUAGCCCUCGCAAAGUGGGCAGACGAUGUAUAUGAGCAAUCGACGCUUACGGUACGACGUCUGAUGGCGUACAUCGUUGAUUUCACCCUCAUUAUGCAACUCAUCUUCGGCCUCGUGGCUAACGCCCGACUGCCGCUUUCCCGUCGCCUGAUCAAGCUUGCCUUCGCCACCACUUGCAAAGAUGCUUGA